AUGUUAAAAUAUCCAUUAACUCAAGCUAUGGGAUGUGAUAUUAGGUUAACCAAUCAACAAUCCCAAGAACUCUACAAAUUAAUAAUCGUUACGUGGUUUUAUAAAAACGCAAAAUUUAAUUCAGGUUUAAAGGUGAUAAUCAUCGUACGAUUAAUGAAGAUUAUACAUCAAAAACAAUCCUCAAUUCCGACAUCAACCUCUUGA